AUGCCAGUGCAUGCACAAGCCUCAACACGAGCAACGAAGGAGGGAAACAAAGCAACACCUGUGAGUGUCAAAUCAAAUCGUGAAGUUUCCAAAAAAGACGACGAUAAAAAUAACGAAAGAUUAUUUUGCCAACAAGGUGCCACUGAAAAGUCAGAGACGAACGAACGCGUAAAGAUGUCAAGUAUCACAAAAAACAACACCCAAAACGGCCGCACGAAUGCCUUAUUUCAUGAAAAUGACGUCCGAGAAUUCCUGGGAGACGUCCACAGUUUGAUCCUUGACAAAGCGCUCUACGAUGGCACAGAAAACGAUCACAAGAUCGUAGACUUUCGUCAUCCAUUGGAAAUGUUGAAAGAACUUCAACUGGACAUUGGUGACAAGGGAAGCGAUCACAAAACCCUGCUCGGCUUCUGUGAAAAGCUUAUUCAGAUGAGCGUAAAAACCGGUAAACCUGGCUUCUAUAACCAAUUGUAUGGCUUUGUCGAUCCCUAUGGUUUGGCUGGUUCCUGGGUGACAGACUCGAUGAAUACUGCCCUGCAUACAUACGAGGUCUCCCCGGCAUUUACCAUGAUUGAACAUUACCUCAUCCAGAAGGUGUGCAAAAUGAUUGGUUUCAACAAUGGAGACGGAAUAUUUUGUCCCGGUGGCUCAUUUGCAAAUAUGAUGGGUAUACAUUUGGGCCGAUAUAAAAUGAACCCCGACUUCAAAAGAACUGGCAUGUACAACCAAGAACGAAUGGUAGUCUAUGCAUCAGAGGGGUCUCAUUACUCUUCGUUACAUGGAGUCAUUUUCUUGGGACUUGGGGCUGAAAACCUGAUAAAGGUGAAGACUGAUGAUCGUGGACGGAUGUGUAUGAAGAAUCUUGAGGCCUGCAUCCAGCAAACAAUAAAAGAGGGUAACCGUCCAACAGUUGUUGUAGCAACGUCCGGUACGACUGUCCUUGGAGCAUUUGAUCCAAUCAGUGAUAUUGCUGAUAUAUGUCAAAUGUACAAUAUCUGGUUACACGUUGAUUCUCUCUCUUUCUCUCUCGCUCUCUUGUCCUCGAUUCUCACUUUCCUUAUUUCUAUCUUGUUCACUAUCUCUUGUUCUCUCUUCUUGUUCUCUCUUCUUGUUCUCUCUCUCUUCUUGUUCUCUCUCUCUUCUUGUUCUCUCUCUCUCUCUUCUUGUUCUCUCUCUCUCUCUUCUUGUUCUCUCUCUCUCUCUCUCUCUCUUUCUCUCUUUCUCUCUCUCUCUCUAUCUAUCUAUCUAUCUAUCUAUCUAUCUCAUGAUAUCGGUUCAGUCUUUCUCUCUUUUCUGUUCCCUGAUCUUUCUAUUUCUCUCUCUCUCUGUGUUCUUCCUCUUUGUCUCUCUCUGUUUUCUCUCUCUCUCUCCGUUCUCACCCCUCUCUCUUUCUCGUUACGGUAUUCUCUGUUCUCUCUAUCUCUCUUUCACUCACUCUUUGUUCUCAGUUCUCUCUCUCUCUCUUGUUUUCUCUAUUUGUUAUUCUUUCUCCUUUUUUUCUCUUUCACUUUCUCUAUGUUGUUCUAUUUUCUCACUCUCUCUCUUUUCUUUGCGCUCUCUAUCUUUCCUCUCUUUGUUGUCUCUCUCACUGUUGUUUUCUCUCUCUGUGUCUCUGUUUUCUCUUUUACUCUCACUCUCUCUCUCUCUCACUCUUUCACUCUCUCUCUCUCUCUCUCUCCUUGCUAUUUUCUGUUCUCUCUUCUCCUAUUCUCUGUAUCACUAGGUUUUUCUUUCUGUUUUUUGUUCGAUUUUCUUUUUCUCUGUUCUUCUCGGUUCUUUCUAAACCUCCUCUCUCUCUCUCUCUCUCUCUCUCUUCCUCUCUACCUCUCUCUUUCUCUCGCAAUAAAUAAUGACUUUGGUUAA